AUGCAGGAUGCAAGUCCCAAAAGAGCUAAGCUGUCUGAUGAAGAAAGGCCUUCAAUACUUGCCACUCUCAAAGAAUCUGGCUGGACUUUGGUUUAUAAAGAAUACAUUUUCAAAGAUUUUAAUCAGGCAUUUGGAUUUAUGACCAGAAUAGCAAUAAAGGCAGAUAAAAUGGAUCAUCACCCAGAAUGGUUCAAUGUUUAUAACAAGGUACAAAUUACUCUGAGCACCCAUGAUGUCGGAGGCUUGUCUCACAGGGAUGUUACGCUUGCUAAUUUCAUUGAAGAAGUGGCAAAAUGA